UUGAAAUCUACUUCUUUUAACUCAUCUUUCAAUGAUUCGGUCUUCUCUGUUUCUCCUUCAUUUUCUCGUUCAAGUUCGUUUCUGAAUACAUCUCCUAAUUCUAUUUCUCAAAGUUUCUUUGAUUCAAAGUCUUCGUCUUCCUUUAAUAGCACUGGUUUAAUGACUCCAAUUACACCCCAAUCCCAGUAUACUUCGGUAUUCUCAUCUUCACCUGGUCGUUCGAAUAAUCACCGGAAACAUUCCCUUUCUUCCUCUUCAGCAAAACCCUUUACUGUUCUGACUCCUCCUCCUCCUCCUCCUCCUCCUGCUUCGAAAAAUCCCUUAGGACUAAAUACUCCCCCCUCUUCAUCUAAAAAAAACUUGUCAAGUAGCCCUAAAAAACCAUUUUCAUUCCGUGGUAAAAAGAUUCAUUCAUUUUCAAGCACCAAUGCAAAUAAUUCAACUUCUGACUUACUCACUCCUUUAGAACCCUGUGAUGAACCUUUUUUUGCUCCUUUGGUUAAUGACUUGGAAAGCCCAAGUCCAUUUUCUAAAGUCAACUCCUUCGAAGUAUCCCAUGAUGCGUCUAACCCUUUAUUACUGGCACCUUUCCCACCAAAGGGGCCCAAAAUUCAGCCGUUUAUCUUCACCCAUACUAAUCAACCAAAACGCACCAAGAACCAUUCCUUGAGGCUGCGGAAAUGUUUCAUCUGUGAAGAACCACUCCAAACAAAAUUGGGCUUGGAAAAAGUUAUCGAGCUUACCUGCGGCGACUAUAUUCAUGGAGAUUGCUUAUCUAUCAUCAUCAAUGGUAUUGUCGAAAUAUUCUUGGAACUGGAUCAUGAAUCAAUGGAGGUAAAUUUAUUCAUUGAAAAUAAUCUUCCUACUUGCAAUGGCUCAAUUUGUAUUUCAAAUUCAACUAAUUGCAGAAUGAAGCCCGUUCAUCAAAACUUAAUUAGCAAGAUUAUAACUGACACUUUGCUUAAUCGUAAUAAUCCUCGUUCUAUUUUUGAUUUGACUGGUCCGAAUAUACCUAUUUCAACCGAUUGUUCAAUAAUUAAACUGCCCAAGCCCCAAAUACCUGAUAAAUCACUUUGGGCACCGGAUCCGCCUCUAAUUACACCAAUCUCCUCUUCCUUUGGUGACGUCUUCUUUGAUAAAUCCCCCCGCCAAAUUCAAGGACUUCAACCUCUGAAUACAAUUAAAACAACUAUCAGCACCGAUACUAACUUCUUAUCUUUAAGAAGUGAUUGUCUGUCACCUUGCCAAAGUAUUUCAACAUCAAUUACUGUAAGUGUUCGUAUAAAUGAUUACAAAGAUAUUCCAAUAAAUACUUUGAAAGAUCACUUCAUUAAAGAUUUAAUUGAUAAUUGUCCUCAAAUAACUCUCACAUCUCUUUUAAACCUUGGACCUUUGAGAUUGGUAGACAGACUAUUGAUUAGUAUUAAUGGGCCUGCUGAUUUUCAACCCAAAACUUGUUAUCUUUUCACACAUUACUUGGUAGCCCGGUCAGAUAAUAAUCAAUCUCCAUUAUUCUUUCCACUUGACUUGAAUAGAUCAACAGUUGAGACCCCGGAGUCUUCUGUUCUCAAAAUAUCCACCACUAAAGAUUUGAACAUUCGGUUACAUUCCAAUAUUGACUCCAUUAUUGAAAAAUGGGUGGCAGCAAUUUGUGAUAUACUGUUUAUCUUUCCUCCCGAACUUCUAACAUCUACAAUAAUAUUGCCUGGAUUAGCAAAUUCAUCACUUAACGAAAAUGAAGGAGCUGAAUAUCCUGCUCCGACAAUACAUACUGACGAACUUGACUAUUAUGAAGAAUCUAUUAAAACUCCUCUCAUGAAUAAACCACAAUUCCUCAAUAUUACUAAACAAAUUAAAGAUUCUGCUAUUACUUCAGAGUCAGAUGAAUCAUCCAGCGGUAGUGAAACUUCUACCGAAGAAGUGGUGGACUACCCAGAAACUAGAAUUGAAAUCACUGAAUUUACUGAAACUAAUGACCCAUCUCUUCAAUCUCCAGUAAGCAAACAAAAGAAUCUCGUUAUUAACGAUGACAGUGAUUCGGAUCUGGAUAAUGAAACCAUUGGAGAAAUAAUGGACAAUUUUGAAAUUAAACUGUCUGUUAACAAGUCUGCCAUUGAUAGGUUAUUUGUUGAGCGAACAGACCCAAUAGUCCGUGCUUUUGCAUCUCAAAAAGUUAGAUUUUCAACUCUUCGUAUUGAAAACGAAGACAAUAGUGGAAUGAGUGAUAGUGACAUUGAUUCUGAUGCAGAAUUAAUUGAUGAGGCCUUGAUAAAUUUCAAGGAUCCAAAAAAUGAAGAUGACUGGACCAGUCUUCAAUCUUAUGUUGAUGAUGCGUUAAUGCAUAAUGUAGCUUAAAUAAUAAAUGUAUAU